AUGACAUCUGGUGCUGAGCCUUUGCGCUGGCACAACCCUUCUUCAACCCACAUCCUAAAGCACAACCCUUCUUCAACCCACGUCCUAAAGCACAACCCUUCUUCAACCCACGUCCUAAAGCACAACCCUUCUUCAACCCACGUCCUAAAGCACAACCCUUCUUCAACCCACGUCCUAAAGCACAACCCUUCUUCAACCCACGUCCUAAAGCACAACCCUUCUUCAACCCACGUCCUAAAGCACAACCCUUCUUCAAACCACGUUCUAAAGCACAACCCUUCUUCAACCCACGUCCUAAAGCACAACCCUUCUUCAACCCACGUCCUAAUAUACAACCCUUCUUCAACCCACGUCCUAAAGCACAACCCUUCUUCAACCCACGUCCUAAAGCACAACCCUUCUUCAACCCACGUUCUAAAGCACAACCCUUCUUCAACCCACGUCCUAAAGCACAACCCUUCUUCAACCCACGUUCUAAAGCACAACCCUUCUUCAACCCACGGCCUAAAGCACAACCCUUCUUCAACCCACAUCCUAAAGCACAACCCUUCUUCAACCCACAUCCUAAAGCACAACCCGUCUUCAACCCACAUCCUAAAGCACAACCCUUCAACCCACGUCCUAAAGCACAACCCUUCUUCAACCCACGUCCUAAAAGGCCAACCGUUCUUCAACCCACGUCCUAAAGCACAACCCUUCUUCAACCCACGUCCUAAAGGACAACCCUUCUUCAACCCACGUCCUAAAGCACAACCCUUCUUCAACCCACGUCCUAAAGCACAACCCUUCUUCAACCCACGUCCUAAAGCACAACCCUUCUUCAACCCACGGCCUAACACAAAACCCUUCUACAACCCACAGCCUAACUCACAACCCUUCUUCAACCCACGGCCUAACGCACAACCCUUCUUCAAGACACGUCCUAAAUCACAACCCUUCUUCAACCCACGUUCUAAAGCACAACCCUUCUUCAACCCACGUCCUAAAGCACAACCCUUCUUCAACCCACGUCCUAAAGCACAACCCUUCUACAACCCACAUCCUAAAGCACAACCCUUCUACAACCCACAUCCUAAAGUACAACCCUUCUUCAACCCACGUUCUAAAGCACAAGCCUUCUUCAACCCACCUCCUAAAGCACAACCCUUCUUCAACCCACGUUCUAAAGCACAACCCUUCUUCAACACACCUCCUAAAGCACAACCCUUCAUCAACCCACGUUCUAAAGCACAACCCUUCUUCAACCCACCUCCUAAAGCACAACGCUUCUUCAACCCACGUCCUAAAGCACAACCCUUCUUCAACCCACGUCCUAAAGCACAACCCUUCUUCAACACACGUCCUAAAGCACAACCCUUCUUCAACCCACGUCCUAAAUCACAACCCUUCUUCAACCCACCUCCUAAAGCACAACCCUUCUUCAACCCACGUCCUAAAGCACAACCCUUCUUCAACACACGUCCUAAAGCACAACCCUUCUUCAACCCACGUCCUAAAGCACAACCCUUCUUCAACCCACGUCCUAAAGCACAACCCUUGUUCAACCCACGUCCUAAUAUACAACCCUUCUUCAACCCAUGUUCUAAAGCACAACCCUUCUUCAACCCACCUCCUAAAGCACAACCCUUCUUCAACCCACGUCCUAAAGCACAACCCUUCUUCAACCCACGGCCUAACUCACAACCCUUCUUCAACCCACGGCCUAAUGAAAAAUCUUCAUCAACCCACGUGUCUGAAAGUCCUACAGAGCGAAGGAUUGUGCUGCUCGGCAAGAAUGGCUCUGAGAAGAGUGCUGUUGGGAACUUGAUCCUGGAAAGAGGGGCAUUUGACCUUAACUGUGUACAAAGUCACUGUGAGAGAGCCAGGGGUCAGGUGGAGGGAAGACACAUAGCUGUAAUCAACACUCCAGACCUGUUAGACCCUCACAUCUCACAUGACAAACUCUCAGAGGAUCUACGUUGGUGUGUCACUCUGUCUAAACCGGGACCUCAUGUGUUCCUGUUGGUGCUGCAGCCUGAUGAGUUCACACAGGAAGAGGGAGACAGAAUCAGGACAAUCCUAGACACCCUCAGUGACCGGUCCUUUGACUACUCAAUGGUACUGACAACUCAUGAAGACAAGAGGGGACACUUGGAUGAGGAUCACCCUCUGAAUCAGAUGGUCAGAGCCUGUAGAGGGAGGCAGCACCUCAGUGACCACACUCAACUUAUGGCAGAUGUUUACAAGAUUGUAAAGGAGAAUGGAGGAGACCAUCUCACCUGUGAUGUAUUUGAAGAUACAAGUGGCAUGGUACAAGGGAAAGAGGAAAUCCACAGGAGUAAAACUGAUGGAAGCCUCAAAUCUCCCUCUGAGGAAGAACUUGGAAAAGAACAAGUGUCUUCACUCAGGAUUGUGCUUCUGGGGAAGAGUGAUGAUAAGAGGACUACAGUGGGUAACAUGAUCCUACGGAGAAAGGCUUUUUUCAACUAUAAACAGCAAUGUGAGUCAGCCAGUGGGAAGGUGAAUGGCAAGUCUGUUACUGUUGUAAAGACUCCAGACUUCUUUGCUCCACGUCUGACUGUGCAGUCCCUGAUGGAGGAGAUGGAGAAAUGUAAGUCCCUCUCUGCUCCUGGGCCUCAUGGGGUCCUGCUGGUGUUGAAACCUGAUGAGUUCACAGAGGAGAACAGAAACACAUUCAAGUUGAUCCUGAACAUAUUUGGUAAAGAGGCCUUCAAGUACUCAAUGGUGAUCAUUACUCACCACAAGGGAGUCGCAGGAAAUCCUCAUCUGAGACAAAUUAUCAAAGAAUGUGGAGGAAGGCAUCACAAAAUGUAACACAAGGAGUUAACUAUAAAGAUAGAAGAGAUGGUAGAGGAGAAUGAAUGGAGAUACCUCUCCUCCAAUGAAGAGACGACACAUGAUACCAUGACACCAAAGGCUCAGAGACUGAACGUGGUGCUGUGUGGCAGAAGAGGAGCUGGGAAGACUUCUAUAGCCAAUGCCAUACUGGGUCAGACAGAGUCCAGUCCAAAGUUCAGCUCCUCCUCAGUGUGUGUGAAGAGAGAAGGAGAGGUGUGUGGUCGGCCUAUCACCCUCAUCGAGCUGCCUGCUCUGUAUGGAACACAUCUCACUCAGGAGGAAGUGAUGCGUGAGACUUUCCACUGUGUCUCUCUCUGUGACUCUGGAGUCCAUGCUUUCCUCCUGGUUGUACCUUUGGGUCCAAUCACUGAUGAAGACAAAGGAGAGUUGGAGACCAUCCAGAAGAUUCUCAGCUCACGAGUCAAUGACUUUAUCAUGGUCCUGUUUCAAGAUGCAGACACAAAGCAACUGAUCAAGAUAUACGGAGGGCGGUAUAAAAUCUUUGAUGCUUUGAAGAUUGAGAACGCCAAGCAGACGGCAGAACUUGUAGCAGAAAUAGUCAAAAUGAUGGAUCAGAACAGAACCUGCUACACUCUGUACAUGUACAUGGAGGCUAAACACCAAUCAGAACUGGAGGAAAAGAACAGAAGAAUCAAGGAUUUAGAGGAGAGAAUCAGGAACAUGUCACAAGGUGCUGAAAUGGAGUGCUCCAGCACAGAGUGCAUAAGGGUGGUGCUGAUUGGGAAAACUGGAAAUGGGAAGAGCGCCUCUGCAAACACUAUCCUGGGCAGAGAUGAAUUUGAUUCUGAAUCCAGCACUGAUUCUGUGACAACAGUUUGCAAGAAGGCAGUCGGCAGAGUUGAUGGAAUAACAGUUGCUGUGGUGGACACACCUGGACUUUUUGACACAACACUCUCUAAUAAAGAUGUUCAGCAAGAGAUAGUGAAAUGUGUUUCCCUGUCAGCUCCUGGACCCCAUGUGUUUAUCAUAGUGUUGAGUAUCGGGAGAAUCACACAAGAAGAGCUGGACACUUUGGACCUCAUAGAGAAAACCUUUGGUCCACGGGCAGGAAUGUUCUGCUUAGUUCUGUUUACUAGAGGAGAUGACUUGGAAAAUGAAUCAAUUCAAGAUUACAUUGAGAAAAGCACAAAUGCCAAACUGAAAAAACUGAUCAGAGAUUGUGGAGACAGACUCCAUGUCCUCAACAACAAAGGCAAUAACCGCACACAGGUCACUGAGCUUCUUAAGAAGUUUAACAAAAUGGUGUCCAUGAACAAGGGCAGUUUCUACACCGAUGAGAUGUUCCAGGAGGCAGAGGCAGCCAUUAAACAAAAACAGGAAGCAAUACUGAAGGAGAGAGAGACGGAGAUAAAGGCUGACAUGGAGAAACUGAAGGUCAGACAUGAAACAAACAUGGAAAAGAUGAAGUCAAUGUUGGAAGAGAGAUUGAAAGUUCAGGAGGAAAGACAGCUGAGAGAUAACAUGUUGAGAGAGAGAGAGGAAGCUAUUAGAAAAGAGCACGAAGACAAGGAGAAAGCAGAGAAGGAAGAAAGAGAGUUGGAGGACAAAAAAAGGAAAGAAGAUGAAAAGUUGAAAAAACAAAUAUGGGACACAGAAAAAGAGAAGAUGGAAAAAGAGAUAAAAACUCAGGAAAUAAAGUUGAAAAACCUCCAAAGAGAAAAGGAAGAAGAAUAUAACAUGAGGAUGGAAAAACUGAGAAAAGAAGAGAAGGACAGAGAAGAACAGCUUCAAAAUCAAGAAAGGAAGUUUGAUAAACUAAAAAGGGAACAGGAGGAAGAAAUUAAAAGGAGAGAGAAAGAAGAGGAUGAGAGGAGAAAGAAGGACGAGAAAGUAAGACAAGAGUGGCAAAGCAAAAUAGAGGAAGCAGAGAAAGGUCAAACAGAACUCCAAGAGGUCAUGUGUAGAGAAAAAGAGGAAUGGGAGGAACAAUUGAAGAAAGAAAGAGACAGACAACAGGAAGAAGAAAGGCUAAGGAGACAGAAGGAGGUAGAAACUCUUGUAGAACAAGGGGAAAAACAGAAGAGAUUGAGAGAGCAGUUUGAAAGAGAGAGGGAACAAGAUAGAAUAAACAUGAAGGAAUCAAAAGAGCAGAGGAGAGAAAUAGAGCAGAAAGAAAGAGACCGAAUAGAACAAGACUUUGAGGAAAAGAGGAGAGAGUUGACAGACAAAAUGACAAUGCAACAAGAGCAGUGGGAGAGAGAACGUAGAGAGGAACAGGAAAAAAAAUGUCAAGAGGAUGUAAAUCGAGGAGUGGAGGAGAGACUAAAACUAAGAAAACUGGAGGAAACAUUUCAACAAGAACGUGAAGAAGAAAACAUGAGGAAGGAGAAGGAAGAUACAGUCAGGAGAGAACAAGAAGAGAAGAAAUGUAAAGAAAUGCGGGAAGAGCAUGAAAGGGAAACAAAAGAAAUGAUGGAUAAAUAUGAACAAGAGGCCAGAAGACAUGCAGAGGAAAUGAAUAACUUUAAAGAGAAAUAUAAAAAUGACUUCCAAAAACUAUUGGAUCAACAUGAAGAAGAGAAGGAGAAACUAAUACAAACGCACAAAGAGGAGACUGAUAAAUUAAAGGGUGAAUAUAGUCAUAAUGAAAAAGCACUGACUGAUAAAUUGAAGGAAUUCGAGGAGAAACAGAAAGUAGAGAUAGAAAACAUGACAAUGGUAAUGGGAAUCACUAAACAAGUGGUAAACAGAUGUACUACGCAGUGA